AUGGCCGCUAACCCUUCCACCGGCGCUGUUGACCAGCUUGCCAGUGACCUCAACAACACCUCGCUCAACGGCGGCGAGGUCAAGGCUCCCGUUGACGCCAACGCCUCUGUCUCCGACGAUGCUGCCGCUGCCCCUGGCUCGGCUACCCCUCACCCCCAGAACUCGGCCUCCCUCUACGUCGGCGAGCUGGACCCCUCCGUCACUGAGGCUAUGCUUUUCGAGCUCUUCUCCCAAAUGGGAGCUGUUGCCUCGAUCCGUGUCUGCCGUGACGCCGUUACCCGCCGCUCCCUCGGCUACGCUUACGUCAACUACAACGCGACUGCCGACGGUGAGAAGGCUCUCGAGGAGCUCAACUACACUGUUGUCAAGGGCCGCCCUUGCCGCAUCAUGUGGUCUCAGCGCGACCCCGCCCUUCGUAAGACCGGCCAGGGCAACGUCUUCAUCAAGAACCUCGAUGUUGCCAUUGACAACAAGGCUCUCCACGACACCUUCGCCGCCUUCGGUAACAUCCUGAGCUGCAAGGUUGCCCAGGAUGAGAACGGCAACUCUAAGGGUUACGGUUUCGUCCACUACGAGACUGAUGAGGCUGCCCAGCAGGCCAUCAAGCACGUCAACGGUAUGCUUCUCAACGAGAAGAAGGUCUUCGUCGGUCCUCACAUCCCCAAGAAGGAUCGCCAGAGCAAGUUUGAGGAGAUGAAGGCCAACUUCACCAAUGUCUAUGUCAAGAAUAUCAGCCCUGAGGUCACCGACGAUGAGUUCCGUGAACUCUUCGAGAAGUACGGCGACGUUACGUCGUCAUCCCUGGCCCGCGAUCAGGACGGUAAGAGCCGCGGCUUCGGGUUCGUUAACUACACCACCCACGAGAGUGCCUACAAGGCUGUUGAUGAGCUCAACAACAAGGACCUCCACGGCCAGGAGCUUUACGUCGGCCGUGCCCAGAAGAAGCACGAGCGCGAGGAGGAGCUCCGCAAGUCGUACGAGGCUGCUCGCCUCGAGAAGGCCAGCAAGUACCAGGGCGUCAAUCUGUACAUCAAAAACCUUGAUGACGACGUUGACGAUGAGAAGCUGCGCCAGAUGUUUGCUGAAUUCGGCCCCAUCACUUCUGCUAAGGUCAUGAGGGACUCCCUUACCGAGGGCGGCGAGGAAGAGAAGGAUGACUCCGAUAAGGAGAAUCCCGAGGCCCCCAAGGAAGAGAAGAAGGAGGAUGAGACCAAGGAUGAGACCAAGGAGGACGACGAGAAGAAGUCGGACAAGAAGCUUGGCAAGAGCAAGGGCUUCGGUUUUGUCUGCUUCAGCAACCCCGACGAUGCCACCAAGGCCGUUGCCGAGAUGAACCAGCGCAUGAUCAACGGCAAGCCCCUCUACGUCGCCCUCGCCCAGCGUAAGGAUGUCCGCAAGAGCCAGCUCGAGGCCAGCAUCCAGGCCCGCAACCAGCUGCGUAUGCAGCAGGCCGCCGCCGCUGCCGGCAUGCCCCAGCAGUUCAUGCAACCCCCCGUCUUCUACGCUCCCGGCCAGCAGCCCGGCUUCAUGCCCCAGCAGAGUGGUCGCGGCAUGCCCUUCCCCCAGCCCGGCAUGGGCGUUCCUCAGCAGGGCGGCCGCCCCGGUCAGUUCCCCGGCUACCCCCAGGGCGGCCGUGGCGGUGUCCCCCAGCAGAUACCCCCCAACGUCUACGGCAUGCCCGGCCAGUUCCCUCCCCAGUACGGACAGCCCGGCACCCCACAGUUCAUGGCCGCCAUGCAGGCUCAGGCCAUGGCUGGUGGCCGCGGUAACGUUCCCCAGGGCGGCCGCGGCGUCCCUGGUGGCGUUCCUCCCGUCCAGCCCGGCAUGUCGGGCUUCCCUCCCAACAACCGCCAGGGCCCUGGUCGUGGCCGCAACGGUGCCUCCAACCAGGGCGGCCGUGGCAGCGAUGCCUCUCCCGCUUCGGUGAUCCAGGCUCAGAUUGCUGGCGCUGCGCCCGCUCAGCAGAAGCAGAUGCUGGGUGAGAUGCUCUUCCCCAAGAUUCAAGCCGUCAACGGCGAUCUUGCUGGUAAGAUCACUGGUAUGCUCCUGGAGAUGGACAACGCCGAGCUUGUCAGCCUUCUCGAGGACGACAUUGCUCUCAAGGCCAAGAUCGACGAGGCCAUUACCGUCUAUGACGAUUACGUCAAGUCCCAGGGACAGGGCGUCGAGCCCAAGAAGGAGGAGGAGACAAAGGCUUAA